CGUUGCGGAGUAAGUCGCAGGAACACAUAGAUAGAAACUGAUAGAAGACAAAACCCUGCUUCUUCUCCAAGUACCCAACAACGUCUCUUCCUUCUUCUUCCUUCAAACGAACCACGCAAAUGCCUUUCAUUUCGAAAAUCAAUCGCCAAUCUGAUUACAACCUCUUCCGUUCCGCCACUCCCCUCGUCAUCGACAAUGGAGCUUCAUAUUUCCGCAUCGGGUGGGCAGGGGAGGAUGAUCCCCGUGUUAUUUUCCGCAACAUUGUUCAAAGGCCACGUCAUAAAACCACCGGAGAAACUGUCACUAUUGUUGGUGAUCAUGAUCCUGCACUAUUAAAAUACUUCGACUGCACACGCUCCGGACCACGCUCAGCAUUUGACAGCAAUGUUGUUUACCAGUUUGAAAUAAUGGAAUAUAUCCUUGAUUUUGGAUUUGACCGGAUGGGUGCAAAUGGAUCAGAGAUUGAUCAUCCUGUCCUGAUCACAGAAUGCGUGUGCAACCCAGUUCAGUCUCGAAGUAAAAUGGGUGAACUUCUUUUUGAGACAUAUGGAGUUCCAUCUAUAGCCUUUGGUGUUGAUGCAGCAUUUAGCUAUAAAUAUAACCAGCUACAAGGAAUUUGUGAUAGAGAUGGUCUGGCAAUGUGUCCUGGAUUUACUACAACCCAUGUGAUUCCGUUUAUUGAUGGCGAACCUAUGUAUAAAGGAUGCUGCCGUACCAACGUCGGUGGAUAUCAUGUCACUAAUUAUUUAAAGCAACUUCUUUCACUAAAAUAUCCUUAUCAUAUGGGAAGAUUUACUUGGGAAAAAGUUGAGGACCUGAAGAUGGAACAUUGUUAUAUUGCACAGGACUAUAUUUCUGAAGCCAAGUUGUUUCAGAGAGGAACCAAAGAGGCGGAAGAAAAAACCAGAUUGUGGCAGCUACCAUGGGUUCCACCUCCGACAGAGGAGCCUCCUUCUGAGGAAGAGAUUGCAAGAAAGGCAGCAAUAAAAGAGAAACUAGGUCAAAGGCUGCGAGAAAUGGCUGAGGCGAAGAGAUCAUCUAAAAUAAAUGAACUGGAAAAUGAAUUACACGGUUUGGAGUUCCUUUUAAAUCAGCUUGAACAAGUUGCCGAGAGUGAUAUUCCAUCUUUCCUAGCAGAAACUGGCUAUGUCUCUAGGCAAGAGAUAGAAUCUGCUCGUAAUAGAACUACACAAUCCUUACGGAAAGCAAAAGGUGAACCAAAGAGUGAGCAAACAGAAACUGAAAAGGCUGAUUCCUCAAAUAAUGAGAAGUAUUCUCUAGUUAACGUUGCUGAUGAAAUGCUGACACCAGAACAGCUUAUUGAAAAGAAGAAACAGUUGUCAAUCAAAUCCAUGUCUGAAGGGCGUAUGCGAUUAAAACAGAAGCGCCAAGAAGCGGAAUUAGAACGAGAAAGGAAACAACAGCUAGAGGAGGAGAAACGCUUGGAGAACCCAGAGCUCUACUUGGAACAAUUGCAUGCUAAAUACAAAGACCUUUCAGAGAAAGUUGAUCAACGAAAACGGCUUAAGACAAAUGGAGGCCAUACAAAUGGGAAUAACCUGUCUGGUGGUGUUGGUCGUGGUGAGAGAUUGAAUGCUGCUCAAAGGGAAAGAAUGCGCCUGUUGACAACAGCUGCUUUUGAUCGUGGUAAGGGUGAGGAUACAUUUGGUGCCAAAGAUGAAGAUUGGCAGCUUUACAAAUUGAUGAGCAGAGACAAUGAUGAUGAUGAUGAGGGACCAGAUGAGGAUGACGCAGAAUUAGCCCGCAUCUCUUCAAGACUACAGGACUUGGAUCCAACAUUUGUGCCCAAGUUAGAAACAAGUACCUCUCAAACUGCUGAAGUGCCUCGUGCUCGUCCUCUCACGAAAGAAGAUUUUCAGAUUGUAUUUGGGGUAGAAAGGUUCAGAUGCCCCGAAAUAUUGUUUAAUCCAAACUGGGUUGCGGUUGAUCAGGUAGGGUUAGAUGAGAUGGCUCUUUCAGUAAGAUGGAUUAUUAUGAGAAGGGCGAGGACUGGCUUCGUAGUUAUCAACUGA